UGUUGUUUGAGUUCCAACAUGGCGGGGGGGUUUUAUCUCGGAGGGUUUUUGACUUUUGAUGAGCGACUUGAACACCGAGGGUAAACUUUAUAUCAUCUCACAGCGCCACAACGCUCGGGGGAUUUAUGAGAUUAAACCCUUAACAGAAGCCCGUUUAAUACGAGCGCUGAUGCUCUGCUGCAGCCAUGUUCAGCAAGAAGAAAAAGCAGCGCAUCCAGAUCUCGGCACCCUCCAACUUUGAACACCGAGUGCACACUGACUUCGAUGAGCAGGAGCAGAAGUUUGUGGGACUUCCCCGCCAAUGGCAGAGUCUUAUUGAGGACACAGCCAAGAGGCCUAAGCCUUUCAUCGAUGCCACAGUCAUCACCACUGUGGAGCCUCGCAAGACCAUUGUGCGGGGCAGUAAGAUAGGGGUGGAUGGCUCUCUGACAUGGCUGCUGGAUGAGUUUGAGACCAUGUCAGUGAUUCGCUCCAAUUCUCUGCGACGAGGCAGCCCACCUACACAGCCCCGCAGAGACUCCGGCUCCUCCGGGCGGCAGGAGAACGGGGAGCACCCCAGUCGGCACCAUGGCGAACGACCUGAGCACGUUGUAGACAGUAAAGACAGAGAGAGAGCUCGUCAGGAGCAUCCGAGUGCUGACCCCCGGCAGCGACCGGCCCGGGCCCCGCGUGAAGAUGGACGACCGCAGCAGCCUCGCGGACAAGAGCCCAGCAGGCACAAGGAGCGGGAGCGUCCAGCUGGACCGCCCACUCCUCCUCACCGGGAACGAGCUAGAGAUCGUGAGCAAGAACGUGACAGAGAGCGAGAGCCACGCGAGUACCAUGACCAGGUGGUCAGGAGGGAGGGGGGUAGUGAUAAACGACCCAAGUCCAGCUACACAGGCCGUGACAGCAGCCCACAGUCACCGCGGGACAAGAGACCACUCUCUGGACCAAAUAUUCGCACUCCCAACCUGCCUGUCACAGAAGGGGUAAUGAAGACUGCCCAGCAGGGCCGACCGUUUAACACUUACCCGCGCACAGAAAGCGACACAGCGAGAAGUCCCAGCAGUCAGGACUUGAAACCAGGCAAAACUCAUGAGCCUCCUCACCACAAUGGCCCCUCCAGUGUGGCAAAUCGAAGUGGAGGCAGCGGUGGUAAAGCUGCUUCUCGAGGGGAGUCCCAGCAGCAUCACUCUUCUCAUCCAGCCCUUGGUCCAGAACCACACAGUCAGCAGCUCCCCUCAGCACCCAGACCACCAGGUCCCCCUGGCCCUCAACAGCAAGGCCGUUCUCCACAGAGGGAGCCUCAGCGGGUUUCCCAUGAGCAGUUCCGUGCUGCUCUGCAGAUGGUGGUGGACCCUGGAGAUCCACGCACCUACCUGGACCACUACAUCAAGAUUGGCGAGGGCUCCACUGGUAUUGUGUGUAUCGCCACAGUUAAGAGCACAGGCAAACUGGUGGCUGUGAAAAAGAUGGAUCUGCGCAAACAGCAGCGGCGAGAGCUGCUCUUUAAUGAGGUGGUGAUUAUGCGAGACUAUCAUCAUGAGAAUGUUGUGGAGAUGUACAAUAGUUAUUUAGUGGGUGAUGAGCUCUGGGUUGUCAUGGAGUUUCUUGAAGGUGGAGCACUCACUGACAUUGUCACACAUACCAGGAUGAAUGAGGAGCAGAUUGCCACUGUGUGUCUGUCUGUCCUGAAGGCUCUGUCAGUGCUGCAUGCCCAGGGCGUCAUCCACAGAGAUAUCAAGAGUGACUCCAUUCUGCUAACUCACGAUGGCAGAGUGAAGCUGUCCGACUUUGGCUUCUGUGCUCAAGUCUCAAAAGAGGUCCAGCGACGGAAGUCACUUGUGGGAACACCAUAUUGGAUGGCCCCUGAGCUCAUCUCUAGACUGCCGUAUGGACCAGAGGUGGAUAUUUGGUCACUCGGCAUUAUGGUGAUCGAGAUGGUUGACGGAGAGCCUCCAUAUUUUAAUGAACCUCCGCUGAAGGCUAUGAAGAUGAUCCGAGACAAUCUACCACCCAAACUGAAAAACCUUCACAAGGUUUCACCACUUCUCAAGGGCUUCUUGGACAGGAUGCUUGUUAGAGACCCUGCCCAGAGGGCCACAGCCCAGGAGCUGCUCAAGCACCCAUUCCUCAGUAAAUCUGGCCCUCCUUCCUGUAUCGUGCCCCUCAUGAGGCAGAAUCGCAUGAGAUGAGAGUGAGAUCUCAAAGACCCUUAGCUGAGCUCAAAUCUCUGACCCUUUGAGGCAGGAGACCUGCAGAGAGAUGCUACUCUGCACACUUCAGAGACUGUUUAUCAUUCUGGUCAAGCAGACCCAAGAACAGACCCAACUGUUGGUACUGUGGAUGCUAUGCUUGGUCAGAGCUGAGAGCUGUUGUAAAGACAGAAAAAGAAGCCUUUAAAGAAAUCACUGAAAAAAAAGAAACAUUAAUUGUUUUACACUAAUUUUAUGGUCUCAUGCAUACCGUACUGGCAUAUGUCGUCUUUGUUAAAGAGAGAAUUUGGUCCCAGUGUUCCUUCUUCGUUAGGGUUUUUUUUGGAUCAUUUUGCUUUUGGGAAGCCUCGUCUGUCAGUGGUUUUAAGCCCUGUGUCUCUAGGUGAAGAGUGAGUGACUUGACAUCCUUCACCAAAUGAGCUUUGCGGAGCUUCACUUUUUUCCCCUACAGUGGAAACUAUGCUCCUUCUCUGAACUCAAGCUUCACCUCCUGGACCACAACCACUUUCCUACUUCAAAUCAAUUUAAAGAGGAAAAUAACUACUGAAGAAGAGCUAUAUUUGUACUUUAUCAAAAGGAAAACACUAAAACACUAGGCUCCUAUACAACACUAUGCUAGGUAAACACUGGAAGUGUGCUUUUAUUUCAGACCAUUUCUAGUUUUAUGGAAGUUUGGUAAACAUAGAGAUAUGUAAUUUUUAUAUAUUGUGAUUUAAUUUUUUUCUUUUCUUUUCUACUUUGGGUGACAGUGAAGCACUGUUUUGAGAUUGAAGCUGCACUCCCAUUUUUUUCGAUUCCAGCACAUAGAAAAUCCUCUUCUAUGUCAAAGGCUGUGAUAGAUUAAUGAAAUAUCACUCUUUUUCAUUUAAUUUGUUCUUUUUUCCUCUUUUCUUUCGGGGAGGGGGGUGGAGGGGCACGUGAACUACAUUUGAAGGCUGAUUUUUAUUGUAGCACCAUAUCUCGAUGGCUGCAGAUAUUGACUGUUACUAGGGUCUUUCCAUUGCAGGGCUGUGUAAUCCACAUCGCUGUUGAAGUACAGUCCUUUCCUGUGCAGAUUUUAAUCCUUUAAGGUGUUCUCUGUAGGAGGGAAGAGGGGAAUGCAUUACAUGAAUGUAUAGCCUGUUGCUGGCUACCAAGUCAUGAGGGGCCACAGCACUGCAGAGUUUAGUGUUUGCUCUAAAACACUCAUUUCAGCUUAUGAAGGGCUUGCUGAUUGUCAGAUUAGUUAAAUCAGGGGAAAUACUAAACUCUGCAGUGCCUGCCAUCCAGUACUAGAGUCUUGACUUCUCUGCCAUCCUGUAUGUUACUAGGGCUAAAGUUUAUUAGGGCUAAUUAGCUAGGGAUGUAGACUGGAGCUGUUGAGACUUAGCUUAAUCCGACUGUGAAGCAGCUGCUAGAACCGCGUCCACUGCAUAGAUUUGAUGCUUGAACACUACCAUAGAGCACUCGCACAUUGAUGUAGCUGCAAGUCUGUGCUUACUUUAUAGUAAGCACAGUUUUGGUAUUUCAAAAUGGGGUUCCACCAGUGCCUUAGUCUCUAGUCCUCAGCUCCUAAGGCUAGUAGCAUAUUAGCUUGCACCUAGUCUGCAACCAAAGAUCAUUCAUAGAGUGAAGUGAGAGUAACCUACUAGAAACCCACUGGUUUGAAUGGACCCAAACAUACUGAAUUAUAUACUAUACUACUACACUACCACACAGCGUUUUGUCAUGAUACUGUAUGUUCGCUUCUUCCGUCACAGAUGUUUAGGCCUUAAGUGGAUGAGUGGAUUGAGUUCUGAUCGAAUUAGAUUACUGGUGUUGAUCUGUUGGAAGAGAUUUGGAUUUGUCGGUUGUGAACACUGGUGUUUCCCAGCCCUGAUCCUGGAGGCCGACUACUCUACCCAUUUUAGUGUUUUCCCUGCUGCCAACAUACCUGAUCCAGCUAAUCAGCUCAUUAACAACCCCAAACUGAGUUGUGUGUGUUAAGGCAGGGAAACCAAUAAAAUGUAUAAACCAGGCUGUACAAACCACGUAAUGAAUGUAUGAUGAUGAUGAUGAUCGCAAUCGUAAUUGAACUGAUCACAAUUAUUUACAGUCGUAUGCAAAAUUUUAAACACCUCUAGUAAAGUUACGGGUACUGGUUUUCAGUUGGUUUGAAGCAAAAGCAUGUAAAUGAAAGAGUGCAGAAAACACAUUGAGACCCAUUAUGGGUCUCACAAAAGCAACAAAAGUUCAAACUUCUGCCUGGUGCUAGAACACCUUUGGAGGUGAAAUAAUGUUUAUUUAUUCAAGCCCAAGUUGUGUCUGUCAUCAGUUGGGAGCUACUAAGUAUCAGCAUUUAGGAAGUAAGGUAGCUAAUCAGGUUAUUUGUCCAAUUUAGGUUUCUACUUUAAAAGUUACAUACAAAGAACAAAAAAGACACUUUGUUUAUCACAAUCAUUUACAUGGCAAUUAAUCAUCAGCUAAAAUUUCGUGAUCGAUGAUGGGCCUGUGCAGUCGAGGGACCAGGGUUGGGAAAUGCCGGUGUAUAUGAUUCGAGUGCGUGUUGAAAUAAUCAGAAUCAAAGGAGUAGUCUCAUUUUAGUCUCUUGAGCAGUUUGAUAUUUUAACACCUUUUGCGAAAAUGUUCUGUAGAAAGUGGUUAGACUGAAGAGGUUAGUUUGAUACUGUACAUAUUUUGUGAGAUAUUUUAAAAGAAUCUUUGCUGAUGGUUUAACAUCUCUAAUUCACUCUAAUAUUAGUCAUAAAUUCUUGUAAAAAUUCAACUUAUGAUCAGAUCUAGUGAACAUGAUUGAAUUGUGUUUUGUUUUUUUUUUUUUUUUUUUGUUUGUUUUUCCUUCCUAGUAGUAAUAUUUGUUUUAACAUCUUUUGUUUCUUCAUUUAAAAAAGAAAAGUGCUCCAAUUUUCUGGAGGUGGAAGAUAGAACAAAAAAAAAUGACAAUCAAAUGUCUGAGUAAAAUAUGAAAUAGUAUGAAAUGCUAACAUUUUAAUGCCAGAGAAAGUAGAUUUAAUGUGUAGGAAUGGAAUGAAUUAUUUUCGAUGACCAAAUAGCCUUGGUUAGAAUCACAUGGUUUGUUGAAACAUUGCUGGAAGAGUAAAUUCUAUGUAGAUGUUAAACUGGCAGAAGCUGAGAGAAGUUUUGAAUCCAGGGAUCACCAUCCUGAUCAUUCCUUGACGAACAUAUAGCCUUAAUGCAGGAAAAUCCUUAGAGCCGCACUACGAGAUGACACAUGCUGUUGUGUCCGUGGACACUACAUACAGGGUAUUACCAACGAUUUUAGCUGCAGCUUCUCAUUGAGAUAUUUGCAUCUUCCUUUGAAACUGCAAAAUGUUCACAUAUGACACGACUGUUUCAGUAUAAGGAUGCGUCCUUAUAGCCUCAAGCCUUAUAUUUGUUGUUGGAAUGUGAAAAUGGAAAAUGCUGUGCUCAGAGAAACAUUUCUGUGAAUGAGUGUGUCGAGGAACUUCCUGUCUGUCUCUCUUUUUACUAAAAUAUUUGUGUCCAUUUAAAGCAAUGGUUUGGUUACACAGUUUUCCAUUUACCCCAGAUGUAGUCGAUUAGCCAAGCCAUGUUUGGUGUCCAAUUUUUGCCUCCUUUAAUUAUGCUAAGGCCAACACUAUUAAGUCAAUAGAUGUCAGUAGUCACUAAAAAGACUUCUUAAGGUCGCACAAGCAUGGCAGUGUGGUUUAAGACACAGUAUGACUUACAGUGAGCUAAAAAAUGAGAAUCUUUGCUGGGUAGCUUAAUGCAGAGGGCAGCCACUUUAGACAGCAGGUGUUAUCUGAAGUUGCUGCCUGCUGCAUUUAGCUAACGUUGCAUGGUGAAGUUGUGUUCAUUUGUAUAGUUUCAGUAAGUGAUACUGUGCUCUAAACCAUGCUGAUAAGUGUCUACAAGCUUAAGAGCUGGAUGCAGUUGAGCAGGUUGAAAAGUUUUUGGAAUGUAUUUAUGGAAAUUAUUUGGGUGACUAUUGAUUUCUAGUGUUUAUUAGCAUUGUUAGCUUUGUAGUAUCAGUUUUACUAAAGAAGCGAAAUUUGGACACUAAACAUGUCUUUGCUGAUGGACUACAUCUGAAAUACAAGGACAAAAUGUGUAAAUUUGAUUUUCAAACCGAACCAUUCCUUUAACAGUUUGGGUUUAUUUGUAGAAUUUGGUGAUUUAUGCCAGCGUUCACUAAAGAGGUACAUUUAUGAAAUCGGUGCAUCCCCCAUUUGUAUGCAAGAUGUGAUCAUUCUGGGUUGAUGCUUUUAUUUCUACGUCUCUUAAUUGCCAGUGCUAUAAAUAUGGAUAAUACAUCCCGAUGAGAAAUGCUUUGAAGCUUUGUUUUACACUAAUGGUCCAAAAGGCGCCCUAUGCGCUCUCUGAACUGAGUAUGUAUAGAAGUUCAUUAGCUCAUGCAGAAUGUGGCUAAUUCAUGUGUUACCAAAUCAGCACUAAAUUUUGGUCUGAUACUGAUGUGGUUUGUGUACUGUGCUGAUAGUGAUAUGGUACUGAUGUUAUCAUACAUGCCUAAUAUGUCUCCUUCUGUCAGAUCUGUUUCAGUUUGUCACUACACUACUAACAGAUCUCACUUAUUCAUCCAGUGGCUCUUAUUACAUUUAAAGGCUUGUUUCUAAAACCUGUGAUGAAUGCUGGAAUGUAUGCAUUUGUAACUAAAUCUGUAAUCACAAUACUGUUUUGUCAGCCUUCUAUUUUAAAGAAUCAGUUUGUUUAAUUAAAUUUGGAGUAGACAUAUGACGAUAAAACUCUUUGAUAGACUAUUGAUGACAUGAUUUUGAUUUGAUUUAGACAUGACUGUCUUUAUUACUAAAACUCAUGAAUUUAGACUAACUUCCUCAAACGGAAGCCCAGAAUCCUGGACUGUGACUACUACUGACUGGCCUGCUCAUGUUUGUGUGUGAAAUAUCAGAGUUCAAUCAGUGUUCCUCUCAUUCUGUUCACUGUAGUCAUGUUAUGCAAUCGCAUCACUUUUCGUAGUCAACUGGUAUCAGUUCCCUCCAUGAUUUGUGAAUUUUUGUUGUUUAAAGGACUGUCAGCGUUGCAGACUUUCUGAUUUUUGCAAAUACAUUUUUUCCCUCAUA